AUGAGCUUCUCCGUCAACCCACGAGUCCUUUCCGUCUUGUGCUUGGCGGUCGCCUCUGUCGCCGGCCAGUGGAUCGUAAAUGGCAACACGGCAGAGGUCGGGCCCAACCGCGACCCUGUGGACGAAUGCUGGAUCAAGAACGUCGACAAGGCCCUCUCCCCGUGCACCUGUACUGGCGGCACCAUCUUCCCCGGCUGCCAUUCGGUCCAGUGGGGCGAGCCUUACGGCACUGUCAGGGAUGCAAACUGCACGUGUGACCCCACAUCAACGGUAUUGUCAAUGGAAGAUGUACUCGGCGGCGACAGGGGGCCUGAAGAAAGCGUGAAGGCGUCAAAUCGCCAGGACCCGAAUGGCCGGGACCAGCCCGAGGUGGUGGAGAGGUGCAUCUGUGAUCCCCCGGCCGGCAAGAGGGACGACAGCACCGAUAAGUCGGCUGUGCCAGCUACCAACUGCUGGUGCCCGAUGGAGUUUCUUGACGCCAAGGAGUGCCGCGCCGAUUUAGACAACAGCCAGCUUCGUCACAGGGAGGUCUGCAAGAAGUUCAAGCAAGAUAAACCUGAGAAAUUGUCCGAUUCUUUGCAGCGCGCACUGCCAAAUUGCACCGUCUUUUCCCUCACGAGAGCCUGUAGUUUUGUUAUUCGAGACUAA